ACACAACCGUCUACAAAAUCUAAAGAAAAGGCAACAACAACGAAACCAGCAAAUCGAGCACAAAUAGCACAUCGUCGGCGCCAGCGCCUCCCCAAUCGAUUUCUAUCCUCUCCAGGUCGAGUUGACGCAUUAACCUUCGUCUAUCGUCCCUCUGUUCUCCGCCGGGUUGCCCGCCUAAGGCCGCUCCUUUUUCCACUGGCUGCUACGUUCCGUCUCCUCUCGGCGUCUCUACCAUCGUAAGGUUCCACUUCCCCUUAUAGGUCUGUUUUGAAAGUUGUGGGUUUCGUUUUCCCUGACCCGCCUUGAUCCCGAUUGCAACUUCUGUUCUUGUUCUAAUUUCAGUUCCUGCUCUUAUGUGUCUUUUAUCUGCUCUUACCACUGAUAUCUCUUAGUGCGUGCUAAGCAUUGAACUGAUAGAACGUUAGCUUUCAGCUACGAAUUACGAACUUUUUUCCUGAGAGAAUUGGGUUAUUCUUCCGGCAUUAGAUUAUCUUCAGUUUUUCGAUCUCUGCUUAUGGGUAGAUUGCUUACUGACGUACUCUGUGUAUUAUCUCCCGAGUCCAGCUGAAGUAUUUGCCGCUGUAGACCCUUUUUUAUCUGCUUCUGUUCACCGGAAGUGGUGAUGACGUUUUUCUUGCUUUAGCAAAUCGACUUAGGUCUUGUCAAAAAGUCAGUUCCUUUUUCCAAUUUCACUUCAUGACCGACCGUGAACCUGUUUUCCUUCCAUACUACUUAAAAGUGUGCAUUGUGGAAGCCAUUGAUGUUUUAGCAGCUUGCAAGUCCAUUAAAUUCACGAGCUAUGUCUGUAGACUGAUUGCAGAAUGAAAAUGAUAGCACAUUACUGGCAGCAAUUGCAGGUGAUUGAAUUUAGAUGUUGGCUAAAGGAAGGAAAGUCCCUGUGAGGGGAGAAACAGCAGCAGCAGCAAACUAUGCAUUUGGACCUCUUGAGGAUGACAUGAUCAUCAAACAUAGACUUCUCACCCGCACAACAACUACUAGGGGUGAACCUCCAUUGAAGAAGCUCCAGAAGAAGUUCUCAACUUUUAUUAUCGAGGCUGGUAAGGAAGAAGACAACCACAGUGACUGUUUGAGACUCUCGAAGGCAUUCUUGCAGGAACUGAAUACUUUUGAGAUUCCUCUCCUUAAGAGCAAGGCAGUUAUUGAUGCUAACAUCAAAGAGAAGGAGAACUUCAACGAUUUGAAGAAGGAGAUAAACAAACAGAUCUUGCAGGCACAGGAUGAUAUAGAAGAUCUGAAGAAGCUGCUUGAAGAGAGUAAAAUCGAAAGGCAGCACAAGGAAGAGUGUGAGGCAAUCAGGAAAUUGAUUGCAAUGCAGCCCCCAAGGUCUGAAACUCAGAAAGUCAUCACUGAAUUGGAGAAAGAGAUUGUGGCACUGGAGACGGAGAACACAGUCGGUUCUAGGUUGCUGGAACUCCGCAAAAAACAGUUUGCUUUACUGUUGCAUGUGGUUGACGAAUUACAAAACACCAUUGAUGAAGACCAGAAGAGCUUAAUAGAGGAGACUAGAAUGGCCAUUGAGGAGCACAAGGGUAUGGCCGAGGAUGCAUCUGGUGGCUCUGAGGCAAUGGCUGUCGAUUAGCUGCUCACCGUCAUUGUUGGUCAGUUUGUGCUUUCAAGGUUUCAACAAUUAUACUCUCAGCACUCGGUUGUUAAGUAGCUUCCAAGACAAGUAGUCUUAAACUUUCUUAUGGGUUUUCAUGAGCACCAUUUCUCUUGUGGGGCAGUGGGAGUUGUUAAUCUCAUGCAAGAAAGAAAGAAAACCCCUCUACGAGAAAGGAGUCUUUAGUAUCGUGCAAUUGGAAUCAUGCUUUGCAGUAUGCAAAACAACUUGCCAAGAAGGUUUCGCUUCCUUACAACCCCCAAUGAGUAGCAUGAGCCUCUUAGAUUGGCUACUGUCGCUCCAAUAAUCUGUCUCAAAUCCAACCCUCCAUCAAAUCAUUUGCUAUGGAAGACUCGUAACGAAUAAUCGAUAAAGUGAUACUAAACUAUAGGGUUAAUUGCAUGGUUGGUCACUGCUAUUACAAAAAACGUUCAACUUUGGUCACUUGGAAUAUUUAAAUCCAUUGGUGGUACUUUGGUUUACUGAAAUCGUUCACCUUUGGUCACUCUCCGUUCAACUUCGUUAACUUUUGCUGACGUGGCAGUCAACUCUCAAAGUUGACCGUUAACUUAGUGAUGCGGCAAUUAAGAAAUAAAAAAUAAAAUAAAAUUUAAUAUAUUUUAAUGUCCAAC